AUGCCGGACCUUCGGUCGUGCUCGCGCCAAGAGAUACUUGACUACUUGGACAAUGUGUGGGCAAUGACCGACGCGUUGUUUGCUACAUUGCAGGGCGAGCGUGCCUUCAUGACGCCACCGCCACACCAACUGCGUCACCCGCUCAUCUUUUACUACGGCCAUCCGACGACUUUUUUCGUCAACAAGUUUCUCGUGUCGGGGCUCAUUCAAGAGCCGGUAAACCCCUUCUUCGAACAUAUUUUCGAGGUAGGAGUGGAUGAGAUGCGUUGGGAUGACAUGAGCAAGAACGAGAUGCAGUGGCCUCACGUGGCAGACGUGUUGGCUUACCGUCGUCAGGUCUACCAGCUCAUUCGCAGUGUUGUAGAGACGCACCCGGGCCUCGAGCCCGGUCACGAGCAGAUCACCGAGGACAGUCCGCUAUGGGCACUGCAGAUGGCGCUCGAACAUGAACGCAUUCAUCACGAGACGUCCUCCAUGCUCAUGCUCGAGCACCCCGUCGAGUUUUUCCAGAGCACUUCAUUGCUGCCCGACUACCAUGACUCUGUGACCUACGACAACAAGAAAGUUGCGCUGCGUCCAGUUGCUGGCGUGGACUACCCGGAAAAUGAGUUUGUGGACGUGCCAGCCUCAAAGGUGCAAAUUGGCAAGCCCCGUGACUUUCCGUCGUUUGGGUGGGACAACGAAUACGGCCACCGCGAGGUGAAAGUGCCUGCAUGCCGUGCGACGAAAUUCCUCGUCUCUAAUGGCGAGUUCUACGACUUUGUGCGUGACGGAGGCUACCUUGACCCUUCGUAUUGGAGCGAUCUUGGCUGGGAGUGGCGCUGCUUCCGUAACACGAAGUGGCCGGCCUUUUGGAUGCAAGAUGGACCCUCGGGAAGCAACCGAUACAAGCUGCGUGUGAUGUUUGAUGUCGUGCCUAUGCCAUGGAGCUGGCCUGCUCAGGUGAACCUGCACGAAGCAAAGGCAUUCUGCAAGUGGAAGCAAGCCCAGCAAACGGACAAGAAGGUUUUCUACCACCUCACGACGGAGCCCAUUCACCAAUUGAUGCGUGAUGCGAAGGACCGCUCAGCCGAUGUGACGUCGGACGACAUUUUGACGCUGCCGGAAGACGUCAGCAUGGCUGCAGCCAUGGGCAAGAACCUUAACUGGUCUUAUUUGUCGCUUUCGCCCGUGGACGCCAUGCCGCCCACGACUCGAGGCUUCCACGAUGUGUUUGGCAACGCUUGGGAGUGGUGUGAAGACAUGUUUUCAGCUCUGCCUGGAUUUCGCGUCCACCCUUACUACGACGAUUUCAGUGAGCCAUGUUUCGACGGCGAGCACCAUGUUAUUAUGGGUGGAUCUUUUGCUAGUGCCGGCGGUAAUGGUGCAUCCAAGUUUGCGCGUUACCACUUCCGGCCUCACUUCUUCCAGCACGCAGGUUUCCGUGUUGUGGAACAAAAGGUGGAUGAUGAAGGCGCCAUCACGUUGGCGACCACUGACGUGAAUGCUCCACCACCGUAUGUGAACGGUGAUCCAUUUCGCUCUAGUGAACGCGUUGUGGUGUCAGAGGCUAGUCUCAAGAUGCAGGAUGAGAGGCCUGGAAUGAGCUGCGAAGGUCUUUUCAAGAACCUUCGUCGGCAGAGUGAGAAAGCGCUUAAAACGUUUGUAGCUUCGUCGACUCGCAAGGUGGCAGGCGAGUGUCUUUGUACUCGUGAAGGCACGGUAGCUGCCGCCAAGCUGAGACACCAAGUGAAUUGCGGUGAAGUUUUGGUAGUGGUUCCCAGCGAUGAAGCGACGCUCGCGGUACUAGAAGACAAAUUCGAGUUGUUAGCGACUGCGGAGGUGCCUAUGUUUAUUCAGGAAAGUGCUACCGAAGCUCGGGUUGUAGCGGAGACUGUGACGGCCUGGAAGAGAAUCUUGGAUUAA